GCCCCAUGCUGAGAGUGCCUUUGGCCAGUUGCUUCUCGGGGAAGAUAGAUGAGGAUCUUGUCAAACUUGGUUGGGAGGCAGGGCUGAGGAUGCAUUUUGCAUUGGGACUGGUUUUUUUUUUUUUGGCCUGAACGGUGACAGACCGGAGAACCGGCUGGGGAACACACAUGAGAGCCCUGGUUUGGGAGCGGGGGCAGCGCCUGCGGGCGGGGAAGGGUGGAGCUAAGAGAGGGUGCGGAAGGGAGAGGUGGGAGGCUGCUCGUCACUUUCAGCCUGGAACGAGGACUCCUCACUCAUUCACUGGAAGCCAAUAGGGAGGGACCGGAGCAAAGGGAAACUGGAGGCUCAGCUGACCACCGUCUGCACCUCCAGAGAAGGAGGAGGCGCACAGCCGCCGCAGGGUAUCGAUUCACCCCCCUCUCUCCUCUUUAAUUAAGAGAUCAAAGAAACUACUGGAAAAAAAUACCCCCUCCCCCCCCAGUAUAACGCAUGAAGGGGGGAAGGAGAGGAAUGAUGUGUCUCCUGGGAGGGAAGCCUGUGCUUCCAACCGUUUGAUGCUGCAGCAGUUCGCCAUUGCGAGCCACAGUUCGCAGCCAGCCGAAAGAAAAGCCGGGGGGGAAACCCCCGCAGCCCGGCUGAGAUUUCUGCGCGCAAAAGGCUCCCUGCACUUCAAUGAGCGGCCCCCGGCCGAAGGGAGGGAGCAGCACCCGGAUGACCCUCGGCUCGCUGCUAUGGCUCUUUUUGUUCCUCAAGAAUGCAGCACCUUUCCAAGUUACUGUCCGAGAUGACAACUGCAUUGUAGUGUCGUUGGAGGAAUCUGAUGUAGUGAGCUCGUCCUCUGUGUACGUUGUGAAGAUAACUGGUGAAUCCAAGAACUACUUUUUCCAGUUUGAAGAAUUCAACAGCACUUUACCUUCCCCUGUGCUUUUUAAUGCCAGUUACCAUGGCCUUUAUUACAUAGUGACUCUGAUGGUGGUGAAUUCCAAUAUGGUUUCCAAACCAGUGAGAUCGAUCACUGUGUUAACCAAACCUCUUCCCAUAAGCAGCGUUUCUAUCUAUGACUACAAACCAUCUCCAGAAACAGGAGUGUUGUUUGAAAUUCAGUAUCCAGAGAAGUACAAUGUUUUCACCAGAGUAAACAUAAGCUAUUGGGAAGGCAAAGACUAUAGAACAAUGUUAUACAAAGAUUUCUUUAAAGGUAAAACAGUUUUCAAUCACUGGCUGCCAGGAAUAUGCUACAGCAACAUCACAUUUCAGUUGGUGUCAGAAGCAACAUUCAACAAAAGCACGCUAGUGGAAUAUAGCGGUGUCAGGCAUGAACCCAAACAGCACAGAACAGUUCCCUACCCACCUCGAAAUAUUUCUGUCCAAAUUGUACAGAUGAACAAGAAUAACUGGGAGGAACACAGUGGGAAUUUCCCAGAAGAAUCAUUCAUGGGACUACAGGAUGUAAUAGGGCAAGAGAAACUUACCCAUUUUUCUAAUGAUCCAACUGAAAUUCCCGCAGCAAACACCUCUUAUGCAUGGCCUGAUUACCACUAUAACAGCACUGAUUACACAACUACAUCCCAACCAUACUGGUGGACUAAUGAAGAUGAAUCGCCAGAAAGCGAAGAUGAGUUUGUCAAUGCAGUUCCCAGUGAAUAUGAGAACACCAGUACAGCCAGCAUGUCAGGGAAACUUACAUCAGAACCUCCCUCUUUCCUCCCUGUGCAAAUGGUGCUAAGCUGGUUGCCACCAAAACCACCCACGGCAUUUGAUGGAUUCCAUAUUAACAUUGAAAGAGAAGAGAACUCCACAGAAUUUUUGAUGGUAGGUGAGGAUACUCACGAAUUUAUUGCUGAACUGAAAGAACCGGGAAAAUAUAAGUUAUCUGUGACAACCUUUAGUUCCUCUGGAUCUUGUGAAAUUCGGAGAAGUCAAUCAGCCAAAACGCUUAGUUUUUACAUCAGUCCGACAGGGGAAUGGAUUGAAGAACUGACAGAAAAGCCCCAGCACGUGAGUGUGACUGUGCUAAGUUCUACCACUGCCUUAAUGUCCUGGACGUCUUCACAAGACAGCAGCAGCAACAACACGAUAGUGUCUGUUGUGUCACUGACCUGCCAGAAGCAAAAGCAGACUCAAAGACUUGAAAAGCAUUAUUGCAUCGAGGUGAAUUCAAGCAACAGCAUCAUUGAAAAUCUUGUUCCCGGUGCCCAGUACCAGGUUGUGAUUUAUUUACGUAAAGGCCCAUUGGUUGGACCUCCUUCUGAUCCUGUUACAUUUGCCAUUGUACCCACUGGAAUAAAGGAUUUGAUGCUUUAUCCUUUGGGACCUACAGCUGUGAUUCUCAGUUGGAACAGGCCUUACCUUGGGGUGUUCAGGAAAUAUGUUGUAGAAAUGUUUUACUUCAACCCAUCAAUGAUGACCUCUGAGUGGACGACCUACUAUGAAAUUGCAGCUACCGUCUCCUUAACUGCAUCAGUGAAAAUAGCCAAUCUACUGCCCGCUUGGUAUUACAACUUUCGGGUUACCAUGGUGACUUGGGGAGACCCAGAAUUGAGCUGCUGUGACAGUUCUACCAUCAGCUUCAUAACAGCCCCAGUGUCACCAGAGAUCACCUCAGUAGAAUAUUUCAACAAUCUGCUGUAUGUCAGUUGGACGUAUGGAGAUGAUGGGACUGACCUGUCUCAUUCCAGGAUGCUGCACUGGAUGGUCAUUGCUGAAGGCAAGAAAAAAAUCAAAAAGAGCGUGACACGGAAUGUGAUGACUGCAGUUCUGAGCCUGCCUCCGGGAGACAUCUACAACCUUUCAGUAACUGCUUGUACUGAGAGAGGCAGCAACACCUCCACACCACAGAUUGUGAAACUGGAACCAGCUCCUCCAAAAUCAUUGUUUGCUGUGAACAAGACCCAGACUUCAGUGACUCUGCUAUGGGUGGAGGAAGGAGUGGCUGAUUUCUUUGAAGUCUUCUGCCAGCAGGCUCGCUCUGGUCAAGAAACAAAGUUGCAGGAACCUGUUACUGUUUCUUCACAUGUAGUGACUAUCUCCAGCCUACUGCCUGCCACGUCCUACAAUUGCAGCGUGACUACCUUCAGCCACAACAGCCCUAGUGUUCCCACCUUCAUAGCUGUCUCUACCAUGGUUACUGAGAUGAAUCCCAACAUAGUGGUGAUCUCUGUGUUAGCCAUCCUGAGCAUUCUCCUGAUUGGACUGCUGCUUGUGACUCUUGUUGUUCUCAGGCGGAAACAUCUGCAAAUGGCCAGGGAGUGUGGGGCUGGAACCUUUGUCAAUUUUGCUUCAUUGGAGAGAGAUGGAAAACUUCCAUAUAACUGGCGUAGAAGUGUAUUUGCUUUCCUAACUCUGCUACCCUCAUGCCUCUGGACUGAUUAUCUUUUGGCAUUUUAUAUUAAUCCUUGGAGUAAAAAUGGAUUAAAGAAGAGGAAGCUGACCAACCCUGUCCAGCUGGAUGACUUUGAUGGCUACAUCAAGGACAUGGCCAAAGAUUCAGAUUAUAAAUUUUCUCUGCAAUUUGAGGAGCUAAAACUGAUUGGGCUUGACAUACCCCAUUUUGCUGCUGACCUUCCCAUGAAUCGAUGUAAAAAUCGCUAUACAAAUAUCCUCCCAUAUGACUUUAGCCGCGUCAGAUUAGUUUCGAUGAAUGAAGAAGAAGGUUCAGACUACAUUAAUGCCAACUAUAUUCCUGGCUACAACUCACCACAGGAAUACAUUGCAACCCAGGGGCCACUGCCAGAGACAAGGAAUGAUUUUUGGAAGAUGGUUCUCCAGCAAAAAUCACAAAUCAUUGUUAUGCUCACUCAGUGUAAUGAAAAAAGAAGGGUGAAAUGUGAUCAUUACUGGCCUUUUACAGAAGAGCCUAUUGCUUAUGGGGACAUCACAGUGGAGAUGCUUUCGGAGGAGGAGCAAACAGACUGGUCUUUUAGAAACUUCAGAAUCAGCUAUGCUGAUGAGGUACAAGAUGUAAUGCAUUUUAACUACACUGCCUGGCCUGAUCAUGGUGUCCCCACUACAAAUGCUGCAGAGAGCAUCUUGCAGUUUGUACAGAUGGUCAGACAGCAGUCAACAAAGAGUAAAGGCCCCAUGGCCAUACACUGCAGUGCCGGCGUGGGACGGACAGGAACAUUUAUAGCAUUGGAUCGGCUCUUACAGCACAUUCGUGAUCAUGAGUUUGUAGAUAUAUUAGGGCUGGUGUCUGAAAUGCGGUCUUAUAGGAUGUCCAUGGUACAGACAGAGGAACAAUACAUUUUUAUUCACCAGUGUGUGCAAUUGAUGUGGCUAAAGAAGAAACAGCAAUUCUGCAUCAGUGAUGUCAUAUAUGAGAAUGUCAGCAAGUCCUAGUUCAGAAUCCCAGGUGGUGAGACCAUGAAGUACACCCAUCUUCCCUUGCUUCAGAUUUUGUUUGUUUGUUUGAACUGCUAGCUGUUUUGCCAUGGAAGGCUGCUGCUUUGCAGUAUACGGACAAUAAAAGAAAGAUACUUUAAAUUUUAGAAGCACUGGGGAGAUUUAGCCUUAAAGAGCCUGCAGUGUCUUUCGGACUGUUUAAUUUCUGGACAUUUUUAAAAUACUGGACCAAAUUCAACUAAAACAACAGGAUGGAAAAGAUCCUAUAAUAUGUGCAUAAAAUACAGUACUCCUGAAGGGUUUGUUUGGUUUGGUUUAAGUUUUUCUGUGCAGGUUGGGCUUAAGGUUAAAGGAAGUGCAAUAUUUUUUAAAUGGCUGUAUCUGAAUGAAGAAGAGCUUUCUUCAUGUGUCGCUGGUCUGUGCUGAAGUCCAUAAGAGAACAGGCAUUGUUAGCAUCUAAUAAUACCUCAUUCGUGAAUACGAGGCAUGUACAAACCUGAAGGAUUGUGGAUUUUGUCAAGAGGAAAUGGGAUAUCGAUUUGACUCUGUUUACGGCAGCACAGUGGUUCUGUGCUUCAGUGGAGUAGGGAGAAUACAGUACCUGGGGAGCUUUAGUAACACUCCUAAAAUCCAAACAAUAUAGCUCAAGGCUAGUGUAGAAGACCUACAUUAGAAAGCUUCUGUUGGUCUGGUUCUUGAUUGUGAUCCUCCUCAUUAAACAGCAGGAUUGUUCCUCUCUUUACUCAUUUCAGUAACGCCCCUGAUCAGGUACAAUUUUUUUUUUUUUAAGACUGAAGCUAUUGAAAGUGGAGAAGAGUUUGGAGCUGGAGAACCUUUAGGCUCUCUUGCUGUAGCAUUUAGCUGUCUGAGUCUAUGGUGCCUAUACUCUUAGAUUUGUUUGUUUUUCUCAAAUAUAUUCGCCCUGUGUAAAAAUGAGAAGCUGAUUCAUGUUGAGAAAAAAAAUAAUUGCUGUAAUGAAUGCAGCAGCAUCUCUCUGACGAGCUGGGAAUUCAUGGUGAUGUGGAAAUGAGGGUUUUGGCAUGCUACGGAAAUUUUAUGGGUUCGUUACCAGGAUGUUGUCAAAGCAUCGGUACUGAUUCCUGCAGGGACUUUGGGGUUGGGUUUUUUGUUGUUUGGGUUUUUUUGCUGUCAAGUUUUAUUUCUAGUCAGCAUAAUUAGGUAUGUUAUAUUCUUUUUGGCUUUGUAUAAUUCCGGUACAUCGUUGUGUAUUGUGACAUGGAUGCUUUCGGAGUGGAUGUCGAUGGCAUUUUUGUAACCUGUUGCUUUGUGUCAGCUCAUUGGACGUUAGAGGCAAUGGUACUCAAUGUAAACAAAAACUGAAAGUAAACACAUUGGAUUGCUUACCUGUGAAAAUGACACUGAGCAAGGCUGCUGCUUUUCCCACCUGGAUCGCUCUACCCUCGUGUCUGUGCACCACAGGCCGAGAAUUUAAGAUCAUCUUUUUUGAUGCUAUAUUGGCAUAGCUCUAUUCUCCUCUCGAAAAGUAAAUUGGGUACUUGCGAAAGGGUUCCAGACCCACUGAAAGCUACACCCUCUGAUCACUGACUGGGUGGCAGCAGCUCUACUUUCCCCCCAUAUUUCCUACCUAUGUCUCUCUGUCCUGUCAUGGAGGGAUCACCUCUAUGCACCAACAAGUUAGUUGUGUCUCCACUUCUGUAUCACUUGUAUGGUGAUGCCACUCAGUUAAGAGCUGGAGUGUAACCCCCAUAUUUUUUUUUAAUUGGGUAUUUAGUGCUGGUGCAAGAGGCCAGCUUGAUAGUCCUGGAGACUGAAACCCUAUCUUCAUGGACAGAACUGGUAACUGCUCAGGCUACAACCAUGCAAGCUGCUUCUACUGCCCCACCAAUGUGCCUCAACCCUGAGCUGAAGGGCUCACCUCUGUGCCACAAAUGACAACAAGGGUGCCAUUUUCUCUAGGGUGGCUACUGCAUUAAGGCCACCCAGCAGACAGUCAGUCUCUCGUCACCUAAGUAGAAUUCAGAAUCGUAAACGAGGACAAAAAGCCCCAGAGCCCUGCAGCCCUUGCCACAGUCUCUAUUUCUGUAUGUAUUUCAAGCCUUCCUGUGCUUACCUAGGAUGUACUACCUGUCUUAUUAAUUUAUAUAUCCACAGGUACACAAAGUUCUUUGUUCAGGAGGAAACGUGAAGAGCUUAAUGGCUGGUUGAUUCCUUCCAGCAUGGGCAUGGGCCUGGACCUAAUCUGCAACCGUCAUAUCUGAAGUUCAAACACCCAAUACUUGGAUCUAGGAUUUUCAGUUGCCACACUGGAGAUGGGGCUGGCAUCAAAAUUAAGGUCCAGGUUUGGAUUGCAGCUUCCACUCUGCCACAAAGUACAGGGGUGUUUGGUUCAGGCUCCUCUCUACUCUAAAGUUGAGUAGGAUGAACAUCCUGUAAACUAGAGUUAUGGUCCAUGCAUAUUUAGAAGUAGAUCAUCAGUGUAGUGGUUUUGGUAUACGGCUAUACACCAUACACACUGGCCAUAGAAGCAUAGGCAUUGCUUUACAGUCAAUGAAGGAAAACAAGUGUGUUGAUUUCAUUCUGUUGGAAGUGUUAUAAGUUUCAAUCAGAGCAGUAAUGUGUAUGAAGUAUCUGUUUUAGGCCUAGCUUAUUUGAGGUUGUAGAAUAGACUUUGAGCUUGGGGCCAGAGCUGUGUGAGCUUGAAUGGCACAAAUUACACUGGUCAAAGAAAA